AUGCCGUCUACACGUUCAAGUGACCCGAAGCCACCCAAGACUCACAUUCUGGACUUCUUUUAUGACGAUGAGGAAGGUAUAGCAUUCACUGCGCGGAUAAACGACCAGAGGUUUCAUAUCAGUGUUGAUGCGGGAGAUUUGAAGACCGAUUCCGGUGACGAGGGUGCUACUCUGAAUGAGUACCGACAUCUACUGCAGCGGGUUAAGGGGAAAGAUGAGGUGGAAAACGAGGGCGUCGAGAAGGCCGGCGACGGUGGCUGGCCGACUAAGAGAAGUGGAGAUCGAGAUAGUGGCAUCGACGUCAACGCCGACUCAGAGGGGGCCAGCUCGAAGGAAAACGAACCGAAUUUGGCUAUUGAAGACUCCGAUGCAGCGCUGGAGCUUCAGAACUGGAUAUUGAAAGACUUCGGCGACGAAGUGCCACAGCAGCGUGAGGCUUGCGACAGUGCGACGCAGGAUCGCAGCAUUCAAGACUGGUACGACACGUCAAUCGCAUACUACAAGUUACAACCCUCGUCUUCCGAAUCGUCCGUCGAGCCUGUACCGAUCGAAGAGACACCGAUAUUACGAAAACGCGUCGAAGGCCUCCAACCACAUGUUCCGAUACCCAAGAAGCUCAGGUCACUACCCAUCCCAUGGAUCCAAGCCUCAGAUGUCACCGUCCUGGCAGAGACAGACGAACCUCCUCCCAUCCACCCCUCCCUUGUACGAGCCUCCAUCGACGGCAGUGACCCGAACACGUACUUCUUCAAGCCCGUGGACCCGACCCAACCCCAGCCCGCGAACCGUGAGAUCGAGCUUCUACAUAAGGUUCAUUCCCUCGACUUGCACCAACACUUUAGAGUCCCUUACAUCCAUGCCUUUGUUGGCUUUCGGACCUCCAAAACCGACAUUGUGGGAUACCUGCUUACCACGAUCGAUGAGGCCGUACCGCUGACCAAGCUGUUGGACAGUGAGGUUGACGAAUCGAAACGGGAAAAGUGGGCACAGGAGACGAAAAAGAUUGUCAAGACACUUCAUAAGCAUGGUAUCAUAUGGGGUGAUGCGAAGGCAGACAAUUUUCUGGUGGACCGGGAUGAUGCACUUUGGGUUAUUGAUUUUGGAGGCAGUUAUACCGAAGGGUGGGUCGAUGAGGAACUGCUAGAGACAAAAGAAGGUGAUGACAUGGGGCUAGAGAAAAUAGUCAAUGGCUUGAAGGACCCAGACGGUAUGACUGUGGACUGGAAUGAGCAGGAGAGGGGGGAAAGUAGUGGUGGGAAGCGUAAGAGGGAAGAUGAGGCGAAUGGAGAGGAUGGAGAGGAUGUUAAGAGGCUAAGGCCUCGAGCUUCAUAG